AUACCACAUUUGCAGUGAAGACUACAGUGCGUAAUACUACAGUACGACCGGAGGAGCACUCAUCCUACUGUAGUGUUACCUACAGCAGACCCGUCAGCCAGGUCCAGAUGGAGUCCGGAAUAUAGAGUCUCCUCCACACCAACUCCCCCCCCCGGAGAACAGCCGCAUUGAUCGGACCAACUGUCAGCGGACCUCGGUGGAGCGCGUCACCUUUACGGCAGAGUCUCACCUCCAGGGUCCCACGGCGUCAACCGGACCCCCAAACCACAACCCCCCCAACACCAACAUGACCGAGGAGAAGGAGGAGAAGCAGGAGGAGCACGGGCCGGAGACGGGAUGCGAGGAACCCGCAGAAGCCGACACGGAGAGCCCGGUGGGAGCCGAGGAGGAAUCGCCGCUGCGGGAGGAGAAGCGGGAGAACGGAGAGGGGAGGUGCGAGCUCCAGGAGCCCCCGGCCGAGGGGGACGCCGAGCCCGAGUUCGUCCACCCGGAGGGCGGAUGGGGCUGGCUGGUCAUGCUGGCUGCCAUGUGGUGCAACGGCUCCGUGUUCGGCAUCCAGAACGCCUUCGGGAUCCUGUUCCUGUCGCUGCUGCGGGAGUUUGGCUCUGAGGAUGACGAUGACCUCCGCUUCAAGACAGCCUGGGUGGGCUCCCUCUCCAUGGGGAUGAUCUUCUUCUGCUCGCCCAUCGUCAGCGUGUUCACCGACAUCCUGGGCUGCCGGAUCACGGCUGUGGGCGGGGCCGCCGUGGGCUUCAUCGGCCUAUUCGCCAGUUCCUUCGUCACGUAAGGAAACGUCCAAUCA